ACUUUAUUCGAAGAAGUAAUAAGGACAAUCGAAAAUGGAGGCAAAGCAGCUCGUGUUACCACUAGUACUACAGUGGGCUACACGAAAGAACAAGCUGAAGCUAUACAGAGAUUGGUCAAUGCCAAAGACAACUAUGAGAGAUUGGGACUUCACUAUGGAGCAAGCAGGUGGGGUACUAUAAUAAACAUAAUUCAAUACGCCCUUCCGGGAAGUACGUCACUUUGGCUAUAUACUGUAAAGCGUCGUUUUCGUGAUCAAGAUACUAGUUAGGCUUUAAAUGCCCGACGAUACACGAAAAUGAGGCUCUAUAGCCAAAAUGACAAGUCUUUCCGAAAGGACAAAGGUUGUAUUAAUAGGUAUGGAUGACGCUAUUUCGGUAACAUAAUAUGCCAGUUAUGAUGUCAUACUGUUUAUCUAUAAUAUGUUUGUGUUAUUUGUUUGCUGAAUUAAAAUAUAUAAUACCACCAUUAGGUUAGCCUGCGUGUCAGGUUCUAUGGCUCUAGCCAUUAGGUUUAUUUACCAUACCAUACAGUACCAUACCAUUUAUUUCUCAAGAUAUGAAAAAAUACAUAUAUCGAAGGGAAUUGAGAGGUUAACCCUGUGUGAACAAUUCGUGUAUAUCUGGGUCUGGUUGUUUCGUAUAUUUUCGUAUAAAUCUGAGUCUGCUUGCAUGUUCCGGUAGUCUGAGGUAUCAUACUAGAUAACUAGUAGAUUCUUUGCAAUUUUUCCCUUUGCAAUUUUUUUCCGAUUAGCAAAAUUAUGGAGCGAAUUAUGUAUGAUCAACUGUAUAACUAUUUAACAAAAUUUGAACUCCUUAGCGAUUCUCAAUUUGGUUUUCGAAAAUCUCAUUCUACAGCAACUGCAUUACUAGACUGUACCAAUGAUUGGUAUAUGAAUCUACUGUGGACAGAAAAAUGUCUAACCUAUAGUAGUUUUAAUUGAUUUAAAAAAAGCAUUUGAUACUGUUGAUCAUCAAAUUUCAUUGAGGAAGUUAGAACUCUAUGGAAUAAAAGGAAAAGCUCUAACUUGGCUCAAAUCUUAUCUCACAAACAGAAACCAGAAGUGCCAAAUUAAAAAUUCCUUUUCUACAGAGCGACUGAUUAAAUGUGGCGUACCACAGGGUUCUAUCUUAGGACCAAUCUAUCUAUGUCCGGCAACUUUGAUAUCAUCUUAAAUCUUAAUCAUAAGAUGAGUUUUUUAAAGAGAUAUCACAUUUCUUCUUUGAAUGACCCCAUUGAGCGCUUAGGACAGAAAUGUAUAGACGCUAUAUAAGUACCAUCAUCAUUGACCACAAUAUACCUAGGUCACCAUUUUAUUUCUUUUUUUUUCUCUUUCUUUUUUAGGGAGGAUAUAAAUCGUUCAUACAGAAAGUUAGCGAUGUUAAUACAUCCAGACAAGAGCGUUGCUCCGGGAUCAGAAGAAGCAUUUAAAGUUCUUGUGGAUGCAAGAAAAGCCCUUCUGAAAUAA